AUGACGAUCUUUAAUGUGCCGGACGGCCUGAAGGGGGCCGGCCAGUGGAUGGCCAUGAUCAGUGACCUCGGUGGGCCCAAGAACCGGCCCGAGCAUUGCUUCGGUGCAUGGACCACCAACGCCGGCCGGGUCAAUGCCAUGACGGUGGUACAUGCCUCGUCAGAGCCGGAGUAUCUGGAGCCGCCUUACUGGUCGAUCGGCGGCUCUCGGCUCGCGCAAUUGCACAUGCCCCUGUAUUCGCAUUACAGGUGGGCUUUUAUCCGGCAUUACCUGUUGGAUCUCCCCCUUGCCGUGGCGGUGCUUUCCGACAUGUUGAUCGAACAGAUCGCCCAAGAGGUACAUGCCAGCAAGCGCCCACACAUCGAGGAGCUUCGGGAGGUCCGGGCCCAGGAAGGCACCUCGCCGGAGGCGGUGGAUCAGCUUCUGAAGAUGUUACAACGAACUGACGAAGAGCAAGCGCACCUCCGUCGAGCCAUGGCGGUCCUCCGGCAGAAGCUGGCCGCUAUAUAUAUGAUCUGCAACUGUAGUAGCCCCCUGAUGGUGUGGGGUCUGGCCCAUUGGAACCAGUCGAAGAUGCGCCCUGCACGCUAA